AGAAACUAAAACUUACCUAAGAGACAAAAUAACAGGUAGUUAACUACGGGAAAACGGGGUGAAUGCAAGCCAGUCCAGUCUAGUCAUUAGCGGGUCCCGUGAGGUAAGAUAACCGUUCGACGGCGUUGUGACAAGUGCUUAGGUUAACACUUAACAAACACGGAGCUUCCUUAGCUCUCUCCAUCUUUUCCAACUUGGGUAAUAUUCGUGAAUGGGAACCACCGCAUCUUAGCAAGUCUACAUUAACUAGUUUACUUUAUACUACCUUACUGUAGCUUAUCAUCAAUAAUUCCUAUCGACGUCCUAAUAUAUAAACUGAAGUCAUCCAUUCUCCUCAUACUUUUAUCCUUCCGUCAAUUCUACCUUCAAUCAUAAGAUUCCCCUUUCUUAUUGGACGCCCGAACUUAAGGAAAAGGAUAUCGGACACUAUGAAUCCUCAGAAUCUAUACACCGACCAGGAGUGGGAGGAGGUCUCGCAAGAUCUUCCGAAGGAGAGCGAUCCCUUCAUUCAGAAGUAUCUUCAAGGCCGUGAGGCGCUCAUAGCAGAAGAGAAUAAGGAACGCAGCGAUGCGUCAUUCAAGAAGAGCCUCUCUCCUAUUGCAAAGCGCGCCUGUGAUAUAGUGGCGCGUAUCCGGGAUGAAGAGAAGAACACAGUGUGGACGCCGCAGCUAGAGGACUCGCUCGCUCAGGAAGCUGAUAUUGUCGUGCACCCGGGCAUGAUGUUCUCCCUGUCCAAGGAACGAAUGGAAAGUACCAAAUUAUGGAAUAUAGUCCGACGCAUGCCUAAGGGUGCUUUGCUACACGCCCACCUAGAUGCCAUGGUCGACUUCGAGUAUCUAUUUGAAGUACUCUUCGCAACUCCAGGCAUACAUUUGUCCGCCGACCAGCCGCUGACAUCAGACAAAGAGAGGGAAGCUGCUAAAUUAACAUUCCGCUUUUUCAAACAACCACGCACCGAAAGUAACGUUUGGAACCCCGAUUAUGAAAGCGGCACUUUCGUCCUGCUUACUCAGGCUGCGGACGCGUUCCCCGAGGGCGGGAAAGCCGGUUUUCUAAAGUGGCUUUACUCACGGUGCACUAUCUCGCGGACGGACGCCGUCUCCCAGCACCACGGUGUUGAUCACAUAUGGCAAAAAUUCUACAAGUGCUUCCGGGUGGUCGGGUCCAUGAUCCACUACGAGCCUAUCUUCCGCAAGUUUCUCCAGCGGCUUAUGAGUUUACUAAAAGCAGACGGGAUCAACUGGUGCGAAUUCCGCUUCUCGUGGGCACUGGACUAUUAUAAACAGGACAGCGAGAAGCCCGAGUCUGACUACAGCGCAAUGAUGACUGUCUUAGACGAGGAGGUGGCACGGUUCAAGGAAUCUGAAGAGGGAGAGGGAUUUUGGGGGCUUAGGGUUAUAUGGGCUGCUCUACGGUUUUUUCCAACUCGAAAUAUCGUGGAAAACAUGGAACAGUGCAUCGAGACUAAGAUCACGCAUCCUCACCUAAUCGCCGGGUACGACUUGGUCGGUCAGGAAGAUGGCGGUCGGCCCCUAUGUGACCUACUUCCUGAGCUAUUUUGGUUUCGCAAGCAAUGUGCCCAGGAGGGUGUCAAUAUCCCCUUCUUCUUCCACGCCGGCGAGUGUCUCGGAUCCGGUAGCGAGACAGAUCACAAUUUAUUCGACGCUGUGCUCCUGGGAACGAGACGUAUCGGCCACGGGUUUAGCUUGUACAAGCAUCCCCUACUCGUCAAUCUCGUCAAAGAGAAGAAGAUCUUGGUGGAAAGCUGCCCUAUAUCGAACGAAGUCCUCCGCCUCUGCGGUUCCGUCAUGAGUCAUCCUCUUCCCGCUCUGCUCGCGCGGGGAGUAGCCUGCUCAUUAUGUAACGAUGACCCGGCCAUGCUCGGUCAAGACACGGCCGGGUCCACGCACGACUUCUGGCAGGCGCUGCAGGGUUGGGAGAAUUUAGGGCUGGCAGGGCUGGGGAGUCUAGCCGAGAAUAGUAUACGGUGGGCAGCGUUCAAGGAUCAGUCUGCCGAGGAGUGGAGCAGAGACAUCAGGGAAGCAAGUACGGGAAGCGGGACUAAGGCACAGAGGUUGAAGGAAUGGGAGAUCGAGUGGGAGAAGUUCUGCGUGUGGGUCGUUGACGAAUUCGGCCAAGAUUAGAGGGAAAAGGGGGGGGGGGUGUAAGCGCGGGAGUGUGUUGGAGGUUGCCUAAGGCAAAUGGCGGAGACGAGCAAAAAGCUACUGCGCCAUUCGCGAUGGGUCGAAUCCCACAUUCCCGACAUGAUUUCCCGGUGGUACAGCUUAGGCGGAUGCCCCCGCGGUUCAACACGAAGAAUCCUGAAGGGUAAAAAAAUUUUCAGUUGGGGAAAUUGAGGCUCUGCGACAACUGACAAACUAGAAUUGGGGUUUGGGAUCGGCACCACUGUAUGAUGGUACGCUCCCGUCGACCCGCAGCCUUAGGUAGUGCGACAGCGGCUUACCUGCAGAUCUCGGUGACGUUGACGUACAGCGGCGUAGGGCACAAAAGAAAAAGAAGAAAAAAAAGCUUAUGGUCGCACGCAGAAAAGGACAAGUUGUUGGCUUACUGGGGCCGUCGGGGAAGACGUUUGCUAAUUUAUUUAAGGCUGAUUCUACGAAAAGGCGGGACGAGGGGAUGAGGGGGGAGUUACGCAGUAGGGCUAAGGCUGCAGGGACGAAGAUCAUGGCUUAGUUCAACACGACUUGCCUUCCAUGCCCUCUCACAAGAUAAUAGUAGUCACGUAGAUGAGAUGUGUAGGUACCUAAUGUAUGUAUGUAGGUAUGUAUGUAGGUAUGUAUGUACGUGAGAUUACAUACAUGCUAGAGUCGUAUGACGUUCCUCAUAA